AUGGGAAACAUAGCUACCCUUUUGCUCUUGCUCUUUGUUUUUUGCCAUGGAGUGGCCAUAGCAGAAAGUCCUUCAAGUUCAUCAACCAAAUUGUUCUUGAUGCAAAACUCCAAGAGAGUGGUUAAGACUGAUGCAGGGGAAAUGCGAGUUAUGAAAAGCUAUGGUGGUAGGAUUUUGGAUAGGCACAUGCAAAUUGGUUUCAUCUCUAUGGAACCAAUGUCCUUGUUCAUUCCUCAGUACCUUGACUCCAAUUUGAUCAUCUUCAUCCGAAGAGGGGAAGCAAAAUUGGGAUUCAUAUAUGAUGAUAAACUAGCGGAAAGGAGAUUGAAGACAGGAGAUGUGUAUAUAAUUCCAGCAGGUUCAGCAUUCUAUUUGGUGAAUUUAGGGGCGGGUCAGAGACUUCACAUCAUUUGCAGCAUUAACCCCUCUUCAAACUUAGGAGUAGAUACCUUUCAGUCCUUCUAUAUUGGCGGAGGAGCCAAUGCACCCUCAGUGCUUUAUGGAUUCGAGUCUGUGAUCCUUGAAGCUGCAUUUAAUGAAUCAAGAACCGUGCUAAGGAAAAUCUUCACCAAGGAACUAGAUGGGCCAAUUGUGUACGUGACUGAUACACAUGCACCUAGAUUAUGGACUAAAUUCCUUCAACUGAAAAAAGAAGACAAAGUGCAACACCUGAAGAAAAUUGUGCAAGACCAAGAAGAAGAAGAAGAGGAGGAAGAGAAGGAAACAAGUUGGUCAUGGAGGAAGUUCAUGGAAACUAUACUUGGUAAUGUGAAUGAGAAGAUAGAGAACAAACACACUGCUGGUUCUCCUGACUCUUACAACCUCCAUGACAAAAAACCUGAUUUCAGAAAUGCUUAUGGUUGGAGCAAGACACUUGAUGGAGCCGAGUAUCCUCCACUCAGAAAAGCUGACAUUGGCAUUUUUCACGUCAACCUCACCGCGGGAUCCAUGAUGGCACCCCAUUUGAAUCCAAGAGCAACAGAGUAUGGCAUAGUGCUGAGGGGUUAUGGUAGAAUUCAAAUACUAUUUCCAAAUGGAAGCAACGCGAUGAACACCGAAAUCAAAGUAGGGGACGUGUUUGUUGUACCAAGAUACUUCCCCUUCUGCCAAAUAGCAUCAAGGAAUGGACCCUUAGAGUUCUUUGGGUUCUCAACCUCUGCCAGGAAGAACAAGCCACAGUUUCUAGCUGGAGCUGUGUCCCUUGUUACGACCAUGAUGGGGCCUGAGCUCGCAGCUGCUUUCGGGGUGAGCGAGGACACGAUGCGGCGCACUGUCGACGCUCAACACGAGGCUGUAAUACUGCCAUCAACAUGGGCUGCACCACCGGAAGAUCCAGGGAAAAUGGAAGAAGAGAAGGUACACAUGCAGCCAAAGGCUAUUAGAAGCUUUGCUAAGGAUAUAGUUAUGGAUGUUUUUUAA